GGCAGAGUUGACGUGCAGCCUACAUGGGCAACUUGAAGAGUGUGGGCCAGGAGCCUGGGCCGCCCUGCGGCCUGGGGCUGGGGCUGGGUCUCGGGUUGUGUGGCAAGCAGGGCCCAGCCUCUCCAGUGUCGGAGCCCAGUCGGGCACCAGCAUCCCCACCCCCACCCCCACCACCGGCACCAGAGCACAGCCCCCCACUAACCAGGCCCCCGGAGGGGCCCAAGUUCCCCCGAGUGAAGAACUGGGAGGUGGGCAGCAUCGCCUACGACACCCUCAGUGCCCAAGCCCAGCAGGAUGGGCCCUGCACCCCAAGACGCUGCCUGGGCUCCCUUGUAUUUCCAAGGAAAGUACAGAGUCGACCCUCCCAGAGUCCUCCACCCACUGAGCAGCUGCUGGGUCAGGCCAGGGACUUCAUCAACCAGUACUACAGCUCCAUCAAGAGGAGCGGCUCCCAGGCCCAUGAGCAGCGGCUUCAGGAGGUGGAGGCCGAGGUAGCAGCCACAGGCACCUACCAGCUCCGGGAGAGCGAGCUGGUGUUUGGGGCCAAGCAGGCCUGGCGCAAUGCUCCCCGCUGUGUGGGCCGGAUCCAGUGGGGAAAGCUGCAGGUGUUUGAUGCCCGAGACUGCAGGUCUGCACAGGAAAUGUUCACCUACAUCUGCAAUCACGUCAAGUACGCCACCAACAAGGGCAACAUUCGCUCAGCCAUCACAGUGUUCCCCCAGCGCUGUCCGGGCCGCGGGGACUUCCGAAUCUGGAACAGCCAGCUAGUGCGCUAUGCUGGCUACAGGCAGCAGGAUGGCUCCGUGCGGGGGGACCCCGCCAACGUGGAGAUCACUGAGCUCUGCAUCCAGCAUGGCUGGACUCCAGGAAACAGUCGCUUCGACGUGUUACCCCUGCUGCUCCAGGCCCCCGAUGAGCCCCCAGAACUCUUCACUCUGCCCCCUGAGCUGGUCCUGGAGGUGCCCCUGGAGCACCCCACGCUGCAGUGGUUCUCAGCCCUGGGCCUGCGCUGGUAUGCGCUCCCUGCCGUGUCCAACAUGCUGCUGGAGGUAGGAGGCCUGGAGUUCCCAGCAGCCCCUUUCAGCGGCUGGUACAUGAGCACUGAGAUCGGCAUGAGGAACCUGUGUGACCCUCACCGCUACAACAUCCUGGAGGACGUGGCUGUCUGCAUGGACCUGGACACCCGGACAACGUCAUCCCUGUGGAAAGACAGGGCAGCAGUGGAAAUUAAUGUGGCUGUGCUGCACAGUUACCAGCUGGCCAAAGUGACCAUUGUGGACCACCAUGCUGCCACAGCCUCCUUCAUGAAGCACCUGGAGAAUGAGCAGAAGGCCAGGGGCGGGUGCCCUGCUGACUGGGCCUGGAUUGUACCCCCCAUCUCAGGCAGCCUCACUCCUGUCUUCCAUCAAGAGAUGGUCAACUACUUCUUAUCCCCUGCCUUCCGCUACCAGCCAGACCCCUGGAAGGGGAGUGCAGCCAAGGGCACUGGCAUCACCAGAAAGAAGACCUUCAAGGAGGUGGCCAAUGCGGUGAAGAUCUCUGCCUCCCUCAUGGGCACCGUGAUGGCGAAGCGUGUGAAGGCGACCAUCCUGUAUGGCUCCGAGACCGGCAGGGCCCAGAGCUAUGCACAGCAGCUGGGGAGACUCUUCCGGAAGGCAUUCGACCCCCGGGUCCUAUGCAUGGAUGAAUACGACGUGGUGUCCCUCGAGCACGAGGCCCUGGUGUUGGUGGUGACCAGCACAUUUGGGAAUGGAGAUCCCCCAGAGAAUGGAGAGAGUUUCGCAGCAGCCCUGAUGGAGAUGUCCGGCCCUUACAACAGCUCCCCACGGCCAGAGCAGCACAAGAGUUACAAAAUCCGCUUCAACAGUGUCUCCUGCUCAGACCCACUGGUGUCCUCUUGGCGGCGGAAGAGGAAGGAGUCUAGCAACACAGACAGUGCAGGGGCCCUGGGCACCCUCAGGUUCUGUGUAUUCGGGCUGGGCUCCCGGGCGUACCCCCACUUCUGUGCCUUUGCUCGGGCGGUGGACACGAGGCUGGAGGAACUGGGUGGGGAACGGCUACUGCAGCUGGGCCAGGGCGAUGAGCUGUGUGGCCAGGAGGAGGCCUUCCGCGGCUGGGCCCAGGCUGCCUUCCAGGCCUCCUGUGAGACGUUCUGUGUGGGGGAGGAUGCCAAGGCCGCUGCCCAGGAUAUAUUCAGCCCCAAGCGCAGCUGGAAGCGUCAGCGGUACCGGCUGAGUGCCCAGGCCGAAGGCCUGCAGCUGCUGCCAGGCCUGAUCCACGUGCACAGGCGGAAGAUGUUCCAGGCCACAAUCCUCUCCGUGGAAAACCUGCAAAGCAGCAGAUCCACCCGGGCCACGAUCCUGGUGCGCCUUAACACUGGAGGCCAGGAGGGACUGCAGUACCAGCCAGGGGACCACAUAGGUGUGUGCCCACCCAACCGGCCUGGCCUUGUAGAGGCGCUGUUGAGUCGUGUGGAGGACCCACCACCACCCAGCGAGCCUGUGGCAGUGGAGCAGCUGGAGAAGGGCAGCCCUGGUGGCCCUCCCCCCGGCUGGGUGAGGGAUCCCCGGCUGCCCCCGUGCACACUGCGCCAGGCCCUCACCUUCUUCCUGGACAUCACUUCUCCACCCAGCCCUCGCCUCCUUCGACUGCUCAGCACCCUAGCUGAAGAGUCCAGCGAACAGCAGGAACUGGAGGCCCUCAGUCAGGACCCCCGGCGCUACGAGGAGUGGAAGUGGUUCCGCUGUCCCACACUGCUGGAGGUGCUGGAGCAGUUCCCAUCGGUGGCGCUGCCUGCUGCCCUGCUCCUCACCCAGCUGCCCCUGCUCCAGCCCCGGUACUACUCUGUCAGCUCAGCACCCAGCACCCACCCAGGAGAGAUCCACCUCACCGUAGCUGUGUUGGCAUACAGAACCCAGGAUGGGCUGGGCCCCCUACAUUAUGGAGUCUGCUCCACAUGGCUGAGCCAACUCAAGGCUGGAGACCUCGUGCCCUGCUUCAUCAGAGGGGCUCCCUCCUUCCGCCUACCACCUGAUCCCAGACUGCCCUGUAUCCUCGUGGGCCCAGGCACUGGCAUUGCCCCCUUCCGGGGAUUCUGGCAGGAGCGGCUGCAUGACAUUGAGAGCAAAGGGCUGCAGCCCGCCCCCAUGACUCUGGUUUUCGGCUGCCGAUGCUCGCAACUCGACCAUCUCUACCGCGACGAGGUGCAAGACGCCCAACAGCGCGGAGUGUUUGGCCGCGUUCUCACCGCCUUCUCCCGAGAACCCGACAGCCCCAAGACCUACGUGCAGGACAUCCUGAGGACUGAGCUGGCUGCUGAGGUGCACCGCGUGCUAUGCCUCGAGCGGGGCCACAUGUACGUCUGCGGCGAUGUCACCAUGGCAACCAGCGUCCUGCAGACCGUGCAACGAAUUCUAGCGACGGAGGGCGACAUGGAGCUGGACGAGGCGGGUGACGUCAUCGGCGUGCUGCGGGAUCAGCAACGCUACCACGAGGACAUUUUCGGGCUGACACUGCGAACUCAGGAGGUGACAAGUCGCAUACGCACCCAGAGCUUUUCCCUGCAGGAGCGACAGCUGCGGGGCGCAGUGCCCUGGGCGUUUGACCCACCCGGCCCAGACACCCUCUACCCCUGACAGCUCUCUGGUUUUCCACUCCAGUGCCCAUAGAAGGAGGCUAGCGCACUACUAGAUCGGCUAACCAGGUCCAGCCACCUCCCCACACCCCUUAAGGUGCCUUCCAGCACCUGUGGCAAGGCGCAGAAAUCCAGCCUCAUUCCCCUGGGAGUGAGCAAAAUGCCUCCUCUCUCUCCAGGCCAGUUCUCCCGGCAGGAAUUUGCCUAAAUCUGGAAGGCCCCUGCCAGCAGGGGGGCGGGGGCGGGGGCGGCCUUCCUGCUUCCCUGCCUCCGUGUGCUUUAGGUGAACUGUAGAUUCCCCUUACCCCCUUCAGGAGUGUUACCUUUAAAGUCUAUCUCUAAAUCAUUCAAAUAUUUAUUGAAGAUUUAUCAUAAGAGACUGCUGUUAUGAGACCAUCAUGCCAGAUGUUAUGAGACGCCUAACCCAAUCCCUAUGGAUUACAAUUAUAAAAAGACAAGUUUUGUUUUAACUUGUUUAGCUGUGGGGGUGGUAAUUCUUUGACAGUCAGUCCUACACACUGCAUGUGACCUAACACUCUAAUACCAUGGUUUCCAGCCAAUCACAGCAGUUCUGUGUUGUUCCUUUGCUCUUUAUUGAGAAAGCAGAUGCAGCCCUCAGCUGCCAGCAGUGGGGCAUGCCAAAGACUACUGUCACACAGCCAUGAGCAAUUUUUACUGCUUAUUUCACACAAGAUGAGAAGCCGCACCCACUUCCUCAGUGCUGAAGUACAAAAGAUCAUCCCUCCUUAGUUUUUCCACACACAAGGCCCCAUUUUCCCCAUCUCAUGGGAACCUGAAGUGGAGGCCAGCAGGAAGAACCCCCUGCCUUGCGGACCACAUUCCUCACUAUCUCCCUAACACUUAGCCUGAUCUCUUUCUGGGCCCCUGAAUCACCUUGAUACCAUGGGACUUCUUCCCAGGUAACUGCUCCAUGACAGCCAGUUGGGGCAAUGUCCUUCAGUCCAUCCAUGUGGGGACCAUACCUAAGACUGGUUUCCCCAUGCCACAGGCAUCUUCUCCUUUCCUACUCUCUGUUCUCUGGGGUGAGUUCCUUAUUGACCCCCAGGUCCUGCCCAACUAAAGCAUCCUGGACUGUUGUCUAUGGGGAACCUCUAAAACGGCUCUGUGUCCUUCCACGACACACCAUCCACAAUCUCCUGCAGUUGGAGAAGCCAGGAACCUGGGGGUAGAGAAGGCUCUUGAUAGAAAUCCAGGGAUCUAGGUCCUAGAGAUGACCAUCCCCAUCACCCCAAAUCCCACCAUCCCAUACAACUGCCCCAAAGCAAUCUCCUACCCCUACCUUCCUUCCCUCCAAAGCAGGAAAUACUGACCUGAAGAGUCUGUUCAGUCAGUGCUAGGGACCUGGCCAGGCUCCUUCUGGGUGUCUGUGGUUUCUUGAAACCCUCUAGGGAACAAAUUCCGGACCCUCUGGGUUCCCCACUGCUGUCUGGGACUGGAGGCAGGACUGGAUCCUGGUGACAAAAGCCAUCAGCUGGGCAGUGCCAUGGUGCCAACAUCUACUAACAUCUGUCCCUGCACCCCAGCCUCCUCACCAUCACUGGACCAGGAUGGCUUCUCCUCAUCGGGCGAGGCUGGCUGUGAGGGGCUAGACCAGGGCCUGGAUGGGGAGGAGGCCGAAGCCUCUCCCCACAGUUCCUGCUGCUGCUGCUGAUGA